CUGACGAGUGAGCGGCUCGGAGUUACUGUGACGAAGCUGUUACAGUCACAAGCUGAUGGUACCGCGGAACAUGAGGAAACGACCGACGAAACUUGGAAAGGAUUUAGCGAGACGGAGGCUUUCAAGGUGAUUCAGAAACUGAACCUUACCGCAAUAGCAAUACAGGUGAUAGCGUGUGAAGGAGAAUUGCGACAUGCGGAUAUUGGGUCACACAUUACUGUUUCCUUAAAAUCGAUUAUGACAUACAUUCAUUGCAUUCAAAACAACGAGCCAGCACGCGGGACACACCACCGCCGGAAACUACAGAAUACCGCGGCGAGAGCACGCGCGCCAACAAACAAACAAACACAUAAUAUUGUUCCGACACUUCCUCCGCUGUUUGGACACAACAAUCACGAUAUUAUUGUAUCGGCCGAUAUCGGGUUUCCUUCAUCUCGCGCGCAACAUCCGCGCGGCCGCUGGCGAGUGACGACCCAACACAUUCUAUGUACACAACACGAGCAUGUUUCAGCAACGAUUAGCAUGACUCCAAGAAAAGAACGUUCGAUGUGA